GUCAGGAGGGGCGGGGACGCUGGACACGACAAUCAUUACAUGGGCCUUUCAGCUCUACAGGGUUCAUUCCAGCCCCCACCCGUCCCUGUCCGGCCACAGUUCUUGAAGCACGAGGUAGACAAGAAAGAACUGGAACUGAAAGAGGAGAUCGGCAGGGGAGCCUUCGGUGUCGUGUACCUGGCGACUCGCCACAAGAACCUGAACGGCUUCCCGACAGAGGAGACGGUGGUGGUGAAAACCGUGCACGCUUACGCCGGGGCACAGGAGAGAGCGACCUUCGUGCGGGAGAUCGAGACGACCCUUGACCUGGGGAAGCACCAGAACCUGCUGGGAUUGGUCGGCUGCUGCACUACGUCACAUCCGCCCUACAUGGUUACGGAGUACAUGCCGUACGGAGACCUCAAAGAGUUUCUGCUCAAGUGUCGGAAGAGGCUGAAGGACAGCACGUACGACCUGGAGCUGCUGAACAAGUACCAGAUCGCCCGCCAGAUCGCAAACGGAAUGAUCUUCAUAUCCCAGGCCGGUUACGUGCACGGUGACCUGGCGGCCCGGAACGUGCUGGUAGGAGAGGACCUGGUGGUGAAGAUCGCAGACUUCGGGCUGGCCACAGACGUCUACGAGCGAGGCUACCAGCGGCAGGACGCGGAGCAGAAGAUCCCGGUGAGGUGGAUGGCGCCGGAGAGGCUGCUGCGGGAGGGAAGGUACACCAGCAAGAGCGACGUCUGGUCGUUCGGUGUGGUUGUGUACGAGAUCGCGACGCUGGGAAACGUGCCGUACCCGGGCCUGGACCGGCAGCUGAUGGAGGAGCUACGCGGCGGCUACCGGGAACCCAGACCCGAGGACUGCCCUCAGGAGAUGUACGACCUAAUGUUAAAAUGCUGGCAAUGGGAGGAAGACGAUCGCCCGGAGUUUCAGCAGUUGUACGAUCAGCUGGAUGACCUGAUGGCGGACUGUUCUGAGGUCAGCUACCUGGAACCUUUUGGUGACCCUGAUGAGGCAACGGCAGUAGAAGCUCCCGAAGGUGUCUGAAUGCAGUGCAACAUUUUGUCUAGCCUCCAUAGCAUGCCAAAAGCUGGGAGUUUUGGGGGUCUUUGAGAUCUUUCAUGUGCUAUUUUCUGAUUGCAUAUA